UAUGGGCAGCAUUUGGAUAGGGCAGAGUAUCUGGCAUUUCAUCUGUUCUCUGUUUAACCCACAAACACAUCUGAAGGAAACGAGAGACAGCAGACUCAUGGAGGCUACAGCACUCACAGUGUUCUGGCUUCUGACCACACUCACUAAAGCUGAGGACUCCUGCCCGGAUGUGAAGAUUGUAGGAGUUGGGGAAUCUGACAAACUGACCAUCCUAAGAGGAUGCCCUGGGCUUCCGGGACCAUCAGGUCAAAAGGGAGAACCUGGAUCUGUGGAAGAGAAAGGUGACAAGGGAGACGCAGGGAUCCCAGGGAAGGCUGGACCCCCAGGGCAAAAAGGAGAAAAAGGAGACAGCGGCGCAUCCCUGUAUGCUGCAAGGAACUGUAAGGAGCUUCUGGAUCAGGGAGAGGUCCUAAGUGACUGGUACACAAUAUACCCAGAUGGCGAGCGACCCCUGAAGGUGCUGUGUGAUAUGCACACCGACGGAGGAGGCUGGAUUGUCUUCCAGAGACGUUGGGACGGUUCUGUAGACUUUCUGCGUGGCUGGAAUUCCUAUAAGACAGGAUUUGGCAGCCGUUUAAAUGAGUUCUGGUUGGGGAACGACAAUAUUCACAAGAUAACAUCAGCUGGCAAAUGGGAACUCCGUAUCGAUCUCCAAGACUUUGAAAACCAAAAGACCAAUGCCAAAUACACAUCUUUCCAAAUCCUGGGAGAGGAUGAGAAGUACAAGUUGUUGCUUGGAGCCUUCAAGGAGGGUACUGCAGGAGACUCUCUGACCCCUCACAAUAAUAUGCAGUUCAGCACCAUAGACCAAGACAAUGAUGUCUUUCCAGAAAGAAGUUGUGCCUCAAUAUAUAGCGGAGCUUGGUGGUACGGAUUUCAAUACUGUCACUUUUCAAACCUGAAUGGGCUGUAUCACCUGGGAAACCAUAGCAGCUUUGCCGAUGGCAUAAACUGGAAUAGCGGCAAAGGAUACUACAAUUCUUAUAAAUAUUCUGAAAUGAAGAUCCGGCCUGUAACAGAGUAGAGAACGUGGUGGGAAACUAGAAGGGCCUUAUGCAUAAGUAACAUUUUACUUCAUAAAGAUACACUUUCUAAUCUGCUAGACGUCUAGUCUGUUAAUUAAAGGGAUAUGACACCCAAACAUUUUUUUAUUUGUGAUUCAGAGAGUCAUAGAUUCCAAUUUACUUCUAUUAAUAAAUUUGCUUUGUUCCCAUGGGAUUCCGAGGUAGGUAUCUUGACCACUACAUAGCAGGAAAUGGUGCUGCCAUCUAGUGUUCCUGCAAAUGAAUAACAUUCUUGCAAAACUGCUGCCAUAUAGUGCUCCAGAAAUGGGCCAGCUCAUAAGUAUACGUCUGUGCUUUUCAACAAAAGACACCAAGUUAAUUAAAUAAAAUUGAUAAUAAAAGUAAAUUAGAAAGUUGUUGAAAAUUGCAUGCUAUGAGGCCGAUUUAUGAAAGGUCUUGCGGACCUGAUCCGACAGUACGGAUCAGGUCCGCAAGACUUCGCUGAAUGCGGAGACCAAUACGCUCUCUGUAUUCAGCAUUGCACCAGCAGCUCACAAGAGCUGCUGGUGCAACGCCGCCCCCUGCUGACUCACGGCCAAUCGGCCACCAGCAGGGGGGUGUCAAUCAACCCGAUCGUCGUACUCGAUCGGGUUUAAUUGUGGCGAUUCCUGUCCGCCUCAUCAGAGCAGACGGACAGGGCUAUGGAGCAGUGCUCUUUAGACCGCUGCUUCAUAACUGCUGUUUCUGGCGAGUCUGAAGACUCGCCAGAAACACAGCCCUUCAAGCUCCAUUCGGAGCUUGAUAAAUGGGCCUCUCUAUCUCAAUCACAAAAUAAAAUGUUUGGGUUUCAUGUCCCUUUAAGUAGUAACCAUAUGCACUGACUUUACAUUUUAUUCCUGUUGAGAAUUGUUCUACUUUACACAUAUGUGAAUUAAAUUUUCACACUCCUGCAA